ACACGAAGAUUGACAGGUCGUAAAAGCGAGGCAAACUUUGUUUUCAUUUGCCGUCUUCUCCACAACACACAACAAGCCCACAAAGCAAGCGCGUCCGUACAAUCAGUGCAGGGAGCAGGAAAACAACAGUGCCACCCAGCAAAUGGAGCUAUAGUCCAUUUGGUUUUUGGCGUUCUGUUUUGUGACACUUCCCUUCUCCGCUUGCCGCAUUCCAGACCCUUGACGAAAAUGACGAAACGCAACGCCUGGUCACGGGCGGAAACGGCCGAGCUGCUCGACAUCAUACGGACGAGCUGCGUGUCCUUCCUGGACGGUACCAUCAACAACCGGAAGGGCCAGAUGUACCGCCAGAUCGAGUACGAGAUGCAACGGCGCGGCGGCACCGGAGCGAAUCGGGACGCCCGCCAGAUCGAGCACAAGUGGAAGAACCUCAAGUUUGGCUACGAGCGGUACAAGAGCGAGCUGGAGCAGCACGCAGCGAACGACAGCAAAUCCUGGCUGUCCACCCUGAAGCCGUGCGAGUUUUACACGGAGCUGGAGGAGCUGUUCAGUGUGGUGGAGCAGCGGACCGCCACCGCGGUCGUCAGCGGCAGCCCGGAGGUGGAAACGAUCGUCGGAAUCGAAGGUGUUACGUACUAUGAUGAAGAAUUUGUCACCGAGGAAGGGCAGGAACUGGCGGUGGAUGAUGACACGGUCGUGAUUGAGGAGAUUGUGUACGAUUCGCAGGAUGCGAUCGAGUUUGAAGAACCCGUCGCCGGUCCGAGCACCUCGAAAGCCUCGUCUGCCCCGCUACAGCCAGCCCAGCCGGCCGCCCCGAAGCGCAAAAAGCUGACGGCGGAAAACAUGGACGGCCUGCUGUUGCGGAUUUGCGAAAUGCAGAAGCAGCACAACGACACGUUCAACCGCAACCAGAUGGAGUACAUCGAGAACGAGUUCGAAACGUUCCGCGAGCGCGAGCGGGAACAUCUGCUCCAGCUGAAGCUCGAUCUGGAGGUGUUGAAGCAAAAGUUUCUCGCCCGAAUACAGAAGAUUGCCAUCGGUGAGGGUGGGGCGAACGAGGCGGUGGAAGAGACGGUGGUGGGGCACGAAGCGAAACGGCGCCGCGUUGGGACCGGUGCUGGCAGGCGGAAGUAGGCCGCCCCGAGGGAGGGUUGUAAUGAGGGCUGUAAUGGUAAAGCAAACAAAUUAAUACUAAAGGACAGAUGAGGGACGUAAAUGCGAAUUCGAAAGAUGAUCAUGUAAUAAGUACGAGAAAUACAUAAAAUGCAACUUUUUUUUAGUAUAAAACACAAUAAAUAUUAGUCUGCAAAAUGAA